AUGCGUAUUCCCGUAGACCCGAGCACCAGCAGGCGCUUCACACCCCCCUCCACGGCCUUCCCCUGCGGCAAGAUGGGAGAGAACAGCGGGGCGCUGGGGGCCCCCGCGCCGGGCGCCCGCGCUCGGCCCGAGGUCCGCUCCGUCGUGGAUGUACUGGCCGACCAUGCCGGAGAGCUGGUGCGCACCGACAGCCCCAACUUCUUGUGCUCCGUCCUGCCGUCCCACUGGAGGUGCAACAAGACGCUGCCCGUCGCCUUCAAGGUCGUAGCCCUCGGAGAUGUUCCCGAUGGGACCGUGGUCACGGUGAUGGCGGGGAACGACGAAAAUUACUCGGCGGAGCUGCGCAACGCCUCCGCCGUGAUGAAAAACCAAGUAGCAAGAUUUAACGACCUCAGAUUUGUUGGGAGAAGCGGCAGGGGAAAAAGCUUCACCCUGACCAUCACCGUGUUCACCAACCCCACCCAAGUCGCCACCUAUCACCGAGCCAUCAAAGUGACCGUAGAUGGACCCCGGGAGCCACGAAGGCACAGACAAAAGCUAGAAGACCAAGCCAAACCCUUCACCGACCGCUACGGGGAGCUGGAACGGCUGCGCCAGUCCAUGAGAGUCACCCCGACAACACCGAACCCGCGCGGAUCCCUCAGCACCCCGAGCCACUUCGGGUCCCAGGCUCAGACUCCAAUACAAGGCACGUCAGACCUGAGCCCCUUCUCUGACCCCCGGCAGUUCGACCGCUCCUUCCCGACGCUGCCGGCGCUCACCGAGACCAGGUUCUCCGACCCACGGAUGCAUUAUCCCGGCGCCAUGUCCGCUGCCUUCCCGUACACCGCCACCCCCUCGGCCACGGGCAUCGGGGGCAUCAGCAUGACCAGCAUGCCCACCACCACACGCUUCCACCACACCUACCUGCCGCCCCCCUACCCCGGCUCCACGCAGAACCAGAGUGGACCCUUCCAGGCCAACCCCUCUCCCUACCAUUUGUACUACGGCACGUCCUCGGGCUCCUACCAGUUCUCCAUGGUGGCGGGCGGCGAGCGCUCGCCCACCCGGAUGCUCUCGUCCUGCACAAGCGCCUCGGCAGGGAACAACCUCAUGAAUCCCACCCUGGGCAGUCAGAACGACGGGGUGGACGCGGACGGGAGCCACAGUAACUCACCCACGACCAUGACGACUACUGGGAGGAUGGAUGAGUCGGUCUGGAGACCCUACUAGGAGGAACUCAGCUGUGCACCAAUGUCUUUUAACUCAAUCAGCCACCUUUUGCUCCUUUUGGUAGUGACCAGAGCAAAGUGAUGCCUAAACCAAAGUCUCCCAAGCCAAAAGCAAACCAGGAUCCUCUGCAUGCAAGCACGGGCAAACAUCAAGCAAAGACGGACCAGGACCUACGUUACAUUUCAAGAUGAACAUCCACGAGGCUUGAUGUGGUUCCUUUUGUGUGUCUUAAGUAUGUGGAUUGUACAUAGGGGGGAAAAAAAAAAAAGGACGUGUGGAAUCAGAUGUUUGCUACUCGGAGAACACUUCUCAGUCAUCUCACUCGCACCUCUUCCCCUCAGAAAGAGUGAAGAAAAGCUUCACCCUUCCUCUGCAAAAUGAUUCAGAGAAGAGAAAAGACCAGGGAGUUGCCCAAACCACCUCUCUGCCAGCGCGAGAGGACUGAACUGAGAGAAAAAAAAAAAAAGGAGGGGGAAAAAAAAAAAAAAAAGAAAAAAAUCCCAUUGUCUCUUCUCCUUCCCUUCCCACUGGUGUAGGGUCCCUGACCACCAAAGAGCUCUGGAACAACGCCAGAGCAGUCGGGUUUACAGCACAACCGCGGGGAUCGGGCACGGCGGGGCUGGGCCGGCGUCAGCCACGUGAACAGGAGCUGUGAUGUGAUUAUUAAUAUUAUUAUUAUUAUUAUUAUUAUUAUUAUUAUU